AGAAAAACAAAAUUCCAAGUGUUAUUUUCAAAAAUGAGUAGAGGAAAUCGUUGAUUCACGUGACAAAAUUAAGGGAAUUAAACAUUGUUCAUUUUAAAUUAAUCAAAAGCUAUAACAAGCUAUUACCUUAAAUAUUUCCUAAGAUAUAUUCUUAAAAUCAUUGAUAAAGUUUACGAAAAAGCAAAAGCUGAAUAGUGUAUAAGUUAGAGUUGAAGUGAAAAGGCUAUUCUCACUCCAGCUAUUACUCUUUGCUCCAGCUCGUGGUUUAGAAAGCAAAAAAUGUUUGUAGUUUCUUCAGCUGAUAAGUGACUCGCAUAAACAACUCCUCAAUUUGUGUAUAGUUUUGCUGUUAGUUUGUGUUGUGACGAGUUUCAACAAUUGACCUAUUACAAAAACAUAUGUUAACCAGGAUAACAUAAGCUUAGUGCAUUCUAUUCUAUCAUUAUCACAUUUUCAAACACUUGUUUACUUUGUUUCUUGUGAGUUCCUUCUUUAUACUCAAACUGUGAUUUCCGUCUUGCAUCUAUACUUGGUUUAUUUCUCAUUUAGUGUUAAUCGCUACCAAUCUACCUAUUGCCUGAUGAUUAUUCUCCUACCAACCAGUAUUCUAUUGAGGCUCUCUUACUUCAACAAUUUGUUUAUUGCUCUAUUUUAAUUGUCAUUGUAUGAUUAUGAAUACAUCUCAUACAGUCCCUGGAAGCUCAUCAAGUGCUCCUAGUUAUGAUGAUCUUUAUGGACAUGAUAAGCCUCCUCCAAGCUAUCAAGAAGCUAUUAGCUCAGGCCCUCCACCACCUUACAUGGAAUCUCCAUCUCCAGUUCCUGGUAACUCAGUUCCACUAUCUGCUUUACCAAGACAAUCUGUCAACUAUUUGAGGUCAACUACGACGACUGUUGUUCCCCCAACUAAUCAACCUAAUUUAAAUCUUCCAAUUUUAAUGAAUGACGCCUGUCCGAUUUGCCAGGGACCAUUAUUAACGGACUUUCCCUUCCUCUGUUGGGUUCUAGCUUUAUGUUGGUUUCCAAUUGGUGUACUAUGUUGUUUAAUGUCUGCCAGGAAACGUUGUGGAUCAUGUGGAAUGACAUUCAGCUGAUUUGACAUAAUCUGAUUCUAUUUAUUUACCAGUAACCCUUUUCAAAUAUCUACUUGUAUACAAGAAAGUAUUUCAUUCUAUAAGUUGUGUUUUUUUGCUAAGAGCCCUGGCUCUUCUAUUGAUACAUUUCUAAUCAUCAGUUUUGUAAAUGUAUAUUUUCUCAAUGAUUCAUCUAUAAAUAAUUUGGGUUUCAAAACCUGACAAAGGUUUGCCCGCCUGUGAAUUGAUCUAAA